AUGGACAGCGAUUCACUUCAGACGGUUGACAAUAUGGAAGGCAAGACUUCAAAGAGCGAAUACGGAAUGAGUGAUAACAGAACUAGGCCUGUACUCGACGUACUCGGAGCCGGCGUCGGAGACCAACGUAACCUUUUCGGAUUUGCUCUCGCGUUAUACGUUGUCGCCCUCGGAGGCCAACGUCACGAUGGCCGAUAUUUUUAACCAGCGUACAUAGUUUUUUGAGGAUUCAGAAUUUUUCGAAGUUUAUUCUUCAGAAACUGGUUAAUUUUCAGUUAGCAGCAGGGAAGCGUGCAAUGAACACUACGGACUCGAGGAUUUGGAACGUAAGGACUUUUUGAUUUCAAACAAACGGAAAAAUUCCGCAGCGACUACAGCGAUAGGAACCCCGCAACCGUUGUCGUCGUACUCGCCGCUGCCCAGCGAAACGGCCAUUUCUUUCGAGGAUCUGCGCGCCGAAGCGUCGCCGCCGCUUUCCACCGCCGAGUUCGGCUGCUACUCCAUCUACAGUAAUCCAUCGACGGAGACUGUUUUUUGCGAGAGUUUGUUGUUUUUCUUGGGGUAAAAAAAGUUAGAUGGGGUUAAUUUCAGUUGACAAUGAUCAUCAACAAACGCAACAGCGGGACGAAUCUUCUCUGAAUGGGGAAAUUGAAGGUGAAUAGUCAGGAAAUCAGCCUUCUCUCAUGUGGAGAAUAGUUCUGUUCUCGUACGUAGGAUCGCAAGAGUACUCCCUAGAGAGGUAUCCUCAGGGGAAGUUGAACGUUUCCCUCUAGGGACCACCUUACCUCCCUCUAAAGGGAGCGCUAAAGUUUGCAAGAGUGGCCGUUAGUGGCCACAUGGGCCAUGUGACAUGGCUCCCCUGAGAGACGGAAAAAGUGAUAAAUAAGCGUCAUUUGAAUUUGAAACUAUCAACAGAGGCCUCCACUAUCAAGUUCUUUCCAUUUUUCAUAGCAUGACCAAUUUGAAGACCACCAGAGGGACCGCUUAGAAGUUAAUGGGUCAGACCCUAAACCUUUAUUAAGACCACCUGAGCUUGAGGACUCUGAGGUAACCUCUCUCGUUUUGUCCCCUAGAGGGGCCACUCUGGCGUGUCUAAGUAUAUACUAGAGAUUUUGAACUUCAAAAACGCUUCAGAAGAGCAAACGUUCGAGAUGACGGUUUGUAAAGAGGUGGUGAACGUGGUGGACUCCAACGAGUGCCUCCGUCGUCUCCCAGAUUUCCAGCCGAUUCCAAUCAUCUUCAACAAACAUCACUAUCUUGGUUCGUUCUUUCAAAAAUACAAAAGCGACAUUUUGAGCCAUUCCAAGUGCGACAGGGUUGUUUUUUGAAAAACCGUGAAAACAAAAAAAAAAAAACAAAUUCAAAAUAAGCUUUUUUCAGUUCCAGCCGAAAAAAGGAAGUUGCCGUCAUCGUCGGACGUUUCUUCCACUGCCACAGCUCUUGACGGUUUUUUUUUUUUUUCAAUUUCAUAUUUAUUUUUAGACCUCGAGCUUUCUGGCGACUGACACAAAGUACAAAAACGUGGGUUCAUCGGGUUUUUUUUCACAAAAAGAGUAAUUUCAGUCAUAGGCCAGUCACCGGCUGCCGCUCAUUUUCCUUCAUCCAAGUGGUGUUUUCGAAUAAAUUUUUGGGAAUUUGCAUGUUUUUUGUGGGAGACGAGUUUUGUGAAUUCAGCUGA